AUGUCAGCGAAGUUGUUGCAUCAUAAACUUUCCUUCAGUGGAUUCGGGCAAGAAGCUUCCAAGAACGUUCCUUACUUCAUCGUACCGGUGAACAAAAAUGAAAAGAAGCCGGCCAACCACAACACUAAUAUUGUUCAUAACAACAGCAACAGCAGCAACAACAAAAAUAAUACAUCGGACGUCAGUGAAGCCAUCAAAUUGGCGGCAAGAAGCGUAUGGAAGCACAUGUACGACGCUCGUAACGGUAAGUUGCCCAAACUCAUCAUAUCAGUCACAGGCGGGGCUAAAAGAUUCGAAAUGAGCAAAAAACAUUUGGAAUCAUUUAAAACGGGUCUCAUGAAGGCUGCCACAACAUCUGAGGCCUGGAUCAUAACUGGAGGAACGAAGAACGGGGUGAUGGAGUUUGUUGGGGAUGCAGUGAGGGAGUACAUGUUGGAGAACGGGUCAUACGAGCAGAACCUCGUCGUCAUCGGGGUGGCCACACUUGGAGCUGUCGUCCACUGUGAAGAACUUAUCAAGGAGUGCAAACCGCCCUUCAACACUGACAACCACCUCCCAUACAAAUACACCUAUCCUGAACAAGCCCUAGUGAAACAAGCCCUGUUAGACCCGCACCAUACACACUUCAUUCUCGUGGAUGAUGGGUCAAGAGGUUCAUUUGGUCGCGAGAUUGAGUUCAGGGCUGCUUUUGAACAACACGACUUUUCAUACGUUGAGGAAAUGACUCUACUCCAAAUGACGCUGCCAACCGCCAUCACCUCCACUACAACCGAAGCAGCAACCGUAACUGAUUCCACGGACACGGAGAUGGAGAGCAUUUCCAUGCUGCCCGUGGUUCUCAUGGUGCUGGAAGGCGGCAUCAACACGUUGGAGACUGCGGUGGAGGCCAUCAAGAAGAACACCCCCAUCAUCGUCCUCCAGGGCUCUGGUAGGGCUUCUGACUUUCUCGUCAAGUGCAUGGACUACAUCGCGUUGAAAGAUAUGAAAAAAAUGACAGAUGAAAUGAUUAAAGAAGCAGUGAUUUAUUUUCCUGAUCAACCAAAUGUUCCUGAAAAAGCAGCUAACUAUGCGAAAAUUCUCUUGGACCCUUCCAAAAAACAUCUGUUCACGAUAUUCUAUCAAAAGGAUGACACGUCCGGCGAUGACCUGGCAGAGGUCAUCUUGUAUGCCCUCCUCCGAACUUCUAUAAGCACGUCUGAAAACGCGAAUCUCACCCCCGAGUCCACGAACAGAUUUCUCGAUCUUGCUCUCUCGUUCAACAGGUGUGACAUUGCUCGAAAAGAAAUUUUGAAAUACGAAAAAAAAACUGGUUUGUUACAGCCAAGCCAGUUGAAUGGAAAUUUUAUGAGCGCUUUGAAGCAGAACAAACCUGAAUUUAUUCAAAUGUAUUUGGAACUUGGAGUUGAGGUUGGAUCCUUUUUCACUUACAGAAUGCUUCUUGAUCUCUACAAAUAUGUGUUCGAAAUAUCGAAAGAUAGCACACCUACUGCUGGCGUUUUCAAGUCGCUCGUCCAAGAUCUCGAUGUACGUUUCAGAAUUUCUCUGUUCGUGUUUGAAUUCAUUGCUCACCCCGAUUCUCUCUUAGAAAAGCCGUACAGAGAAAUUUUCUUUUGGUGCACACUUUUCGGUCACCACGACAUGGCACGUAUCUUCUGGAGGUCAGGGUUGAACUAUAUAGGUCAGUGGCGCCUUGACGGCCAGUCGGAUCAUCUAUAUUUUAUAAAUCUUAGCAAGUACGAAGAAGAUGCCAAAGGUAUUUUAGACGAAUGUUACACAUUCGACUGCGAAAUUUCAAAGAACCUUUUGGUGCGUAGUUUGGGUACCUGGGGCGACAAAACUCUGUUUGAUCUGGCCAACGACGGUACCAUGAUGAACUUUGCGGAACAUGAUUGUUGCCAAGCUAAACUGAACAGCAUUUGGUGUGGAAAGUUGAGGAGUUACACUUCAUCGUGGACUAUCUUCCUCGGUCUCUUCUUUCCCUUCAUAAUGGUCAACUUCAUUCAGUUCCGUGGCAGUGAUGCCAACAACCAAAUAGCCUACUUAAUCUUUCUGGCGAUAUUCAGUUACUUCGUCCUGUUGGAACUGCACGGCGGGAGCAUAACUGUCAUUGAGGUGCUUACCUGGAUCUGGAUGUUCGCCAUGGCUGCCGAUGAAAUUCGACAGAUGUUCACGCAAGACGCACCGACAAUCCUGCUGAAGUUUUACAAGUACUACUACUAUGACAGAUGGAACUUGUACGAGCAGCUGAUCAUCGUCAUGAUGAUAGUUGCUGUCAUCCUUCGCUUCACGCUCUAUUCAUCGGACACGUACUCAGCACGAGUCAUGUACGCACUGACUCUCCUCUUGUCCAUUUUGAAACUCUUGAAGCAGUUCUACGUGCACCAGUACAUCGGCCCCAAAGUCAUCAUGAUUCAGAAAGUGAUAUUCGACUUGAUGUUUUUCAUCUUCAUCUUCGGAGUCUUCCUGAUGGGAUAUGGGAUCACCGUGCAGGCUCUCCUCU